AUAACUCACCCAUUUCUAUGAAAAUAUUACGUAAAUUACUUUUUUUUUUCUUGUCUUUUUUUUGUCAUAACCAGUUGUGAACUUUUAUUCCUUAAACCUUCCUUUGAAUCAUUUCCACACACAAUACAGCAAUUAGCAAAUCUCAACAACGGAGCAGUAACUGAGUAAGGUUUGCAUGGCGACCAAAACAUCUCAACCGAAAAAGUAUGAUGUGUUUCUGAGUUUCAGAGGUGAAGACACUCGCCUGAAUUUCACAGACCAUUUAUACAAGGCUUUGAGUGACAACCGAAUUUUUACCUUCCGGGAUGAUAAGAAACUUGGAAGGGGAAAGGACGUGGGACCGGAACUUUUGAAAGCGAUUGAAGACUCAACAUUUGCAAUCGUAGUAUUUUCCGUGGACUAUGCUUCUUCAACUUGGUGUUUGAUUGAGCUUGCGAAGAUUGUUGAAUGUAAGAAAAAGCUGGGUCUGAUUGUUCUUCCAGUUUUCUAUCAUGUAGAAAUAGAUGACGUCAAGGAACAAACAGGGAAGUUUGGAGAGGCCUUUGCUAAGCAUUACAAAACAGAUUCGGAAGAUGAAAUCAGGAAGGUGAACCAGUGGAGGGAGGCUUUGACUGAAGUGGCCAUCAGCAUGAAUAGAUGGCAUAUCAAAGAAAGGAGUGAGACAAAAGCUAGCGAGGAAAUUGUCGAAGUGGUUCUAAAAGAAUUGAAUCUGACAUUCUCAACCAGUAACAAUGACCUUGUUGGAAUGGCUUCUCGCAUGGAGAAAGUACAUGCCCUGUUGAAUAUUACCCAGUUGGAGGUUGUUCUCACAUUAGGGAUAUGGGGUAUGGCAGGAAUUGGCAAAACCACCAUUGCUGAGCAUGUUAAAACAGAGAUUUCUGACAAAUUUGAUGCUUGUGCUUUCAUAACCAAUGUAAGAGAGGAAUUUGAAAAAAAUGGCAUAAUCCAUUUACAAAAUACCCUCUACAAAUACUUGUUGAACCAUGAAGCAAACAUACAGCAUGUUGAAAUGGGAAGAAAUGUUUUGAGGAACAGAUUAUGGUCUAGAAGGGUGCUUAUUAUUUUAGAUGAUGUUGACAAGUUGGAACAAAUAGAAGAUUUAGUUGGGAGUGCUGAACAACAACAUGGUUGGUUAGGUCCAGGGAGUAGAGUCAUUGUGACUACUAGAAAUAAGCACUUGUUGAAGACAUAUGGAGAGAAUAACAUACAUGAGGUUAAUAGUCUAUCUGAUAAUGAAGCUCUUCAGCUCUUUUCUAGGAAAGCCUUCAAGAGAAAUCGCCCUUUUGAUGAUUUUGUAAAUCUGUCUCACAACUUUGUCAAAUAUGCUGAUGGUAAACCUUUAGCUCUUAAAGUGUUGGGUUCAUUCUUAUUUGGGAGUGACAUGGAUAAAUGGAAAGCCACAUUAAAUAAGUUUAAUGAGCUUCAGGUAAGGAAUUCAAUGGAAAGCAACAAUGGGAAAGCCACAUCAAAGAAAAAUCCUGAGCAAAGAAUUUUUCAUGUGCUUCAGAUAAGUUUCGAUGGAUUGGAUGAUGAUCAGAAGGAAAUAUUCUUAGACAUAGCAUGUUUCUUCAAGGGAAAGGAAGAAUAUCUUGUAAAAAAGAUAUUACAAGGUUGUGGACUUCAUCCGACAAUCGAUAUAAGAUUGCUAAUUGAGAAAUCGCUGAUAAUUAUGAUGGGAAAUAAAUUAUGGAUGCAUGAUUUAUUACAACAAUUCGGUCAGUACAUUGUUCGUCAACAAUGCCCUGAGGAGCCGGGUAAGCGCAGCAGGAUAUGGUUUCAUGAGGAUGCACAUAAUGUGCUUGAGAAAAAUACGGGAACAGAAGCUGUCAAAGGCAUAUUCCUUAAUUUGCCUAAGAACGUAGAGCUAAACUUGAGUACUGUACGUGUUGAUCCAAUCUUACAGAUGAAAAACCUAAGAUUGUUGAAAUUCCCAAACGUACACUUUCCUAAAUGUGUUGGAUAUCUUCCUAAAGAGUUACGACUUUUGGAGUGGCAUGGAUAUCCCCAAAAAUCUAUGCCAUUAAGCUUUUGUCCAAAUAAACUUGUUGAACUCAACAUGUCUAGCAGCCACAUUGAAAGACUAUGGAAGGAAACUACACAUGAUUUGGAAAUGUUAAUCUCAAUCAAUCUUACCAAGUGCCUCCACUUGAGCCAAAUCCCGAACCUCAAAAGAGCAUCCAAUCUUGAAAAGCUGAUUCUUGAAGAUUGUAUAGGAUUAUCAAAAGUUCAUCCAUCAAUUGGGGAACUCAAACAACUUGUUUUACUAAAUUUGAAAGGCUGUGAAUCUCUCAAGAGCCUUCCGCAAGGUAUCAACUUAGAAUCUCUUGAAACUUUUAUUCUUUCAGGAUGCAAAAAACUUACAAAGUUUCCAGAGAUUGUGGGAAAUAUGGAUCGUUUGUCAGAACUUUAUUUGGAUGGGACCGCUAUUAAAGAGCUGCCAAUAUCAAUUGAGCACUUAAGUGGCCUUAUUUUGUUGAAUCUAAGAGAUUGCAAGAGCAUUUUGAAACUUCCAAAUGAACUUUGCCGCUUGACAUCUCUGAAAAAUCUGGAUAUAUCAGGAUGUUCACUUGUUGAGCAACUUCCAGAAAACAUAGGGCACUUGGAACAAUUGGAGAAUCUUAGUGCAGGUAGAACUGCAAUUAGAAAAGUACCACCUUCCUUUGUACUUCUGAAAAAACUUAAAGCCCUAUGUUUUUGUGAAUGUGGAGGUGUGGCAUAUACAUCAUGCUGGUCUGUUCUCAGUUGUUGUUUGUUGCCUAGGGAUGAAUCCAUCCAUUUCCAGUUACCUAAUUCGUUGUUUUCUCAUUUAAUCUCUUUGAGAUCAUUAUGUCUAAGAAAAUGCAAUCUACGAGAGAAUGCAAUCCCUGAAGAUAUUGGUUGUUUGUCAUCACUCAAGCUCUUAGAUUUGAGUGAAAACAGUUUUGCAAGCUUACCUGAAAGCAUCUCUCAACUUUUUAAUCUUAGGAAUCUUCAUCUGAAUGGGUGUGAGCGGCUUGAAUCAUUGCCAAAGCUUCCAUUGAGUGUAAAACAUGUAUUUGCACAUGGAUGUCCUAUAUUGAAAAAUUCAAACAGUCAAAUAUCAAUAUGGACCUCUGAUAGGGGAUUGACUGUAAUACAUUAUGAUACCCCAGAUGAGGAUGCUUCUGCAGAUUUACCUUUUUUUGGUGAACAUAAUGAAAUGAUUUUUUCCAAACAGCUUGAGGACAAUAUUUACAAUGGGGAAAUUCCACUGAAAUAUGACUUUAUCUGUACAAGAAUUCCUGAGUGGUGCAGUCAAAAAAAUAAUAGGUCUUCAAUAAGAAUCCAAAUACCUCUUGAGGAUAAUGGUAAAACGUGGAUUGGAUUUGCCAUAUUUACCGUAUUUAUAAUUCAGGAAGGUGGCAUCCUUAAUGAAAAUGGGAAGCUCGAAAAUGCUUAUUUUAGUUUUGAAACCGAUAAAGCAGAUCUUGGAAAUGAGCAGUUUGUCCUGGAUCAUAGCCGGAUUACGAGGACUGGAUCAUAUGGAGUUUGUAUCUAUGUUCCACAAGCUAAAUUCGCUGAACAGUUGAACAAAGCAAGUCAUGUUGCAGCUUCAAUUUCAACCGAAAAUUCACAUAUAAUGGCAGAUAAGUGUGGGAUACAUAUAGCGUUUAACAAAGAUGUGCCAGACUUUAGCAGAAGAUUAAGUCAAAUAAUAAGUGAAAGUAUGAUGUUCAAAUAUAAAUGUGGAAGAAAACGAAUAAAGGCAACUAAAUUUGAAACAUCUAAGUGUGACGAAGAAAUUCAAUCCAAUCAGCAUAAACAAAUCAAACGAGAAAGCUACAGAAGUAGUACUGAGUCUGAUUCAGCCAGGAAGACGAGAAGACAUCUAGAAUGGUUGGUUCCAAUACUUAUUCAGAGGUGCUAUGCACACAACUAUGGAUUUGCUUUCAAUUUUCAUCUGAAAGCAAUUCCGACCUGGUUCUUCCAUCACAGCGUGGCUCCUUUCACAGUUUGUUACCUUCCUAUGAACUUAUUCGAUGAGAAGCCAUGGGUAGGAUUUUGUCUUUAUGUUCUACUUACUUGGCCUAACGAUUCUUUGGAUUUAGAAACUCCAUCUGAGCUUGAUUUUGAAUUUCAAGCCCAUGGAGAUGGUGGUGAAAUAUCUCGAAUAAAUUAUACCAUUUCCAUUAAACAUAAACUUCUAUUGUUGAAUAUUCCACGAGUUUAUUUCAAGUUCAUUCCGAAUCAAUGUCGAGCAGUAAGUGCUAUGUUUAGGACGAAGAUCCAAAAUUUGGAGAUCGAAAUGUGCGGCAUCCGACUAGUAAGUGAGCAAGAUUUGAAAACUGUAGUUCAAAUGAUAGCUGACAUCACGUUAAGUAGUUAUCCCCAUCAUUUUUGCUAUGAAGAAUUUGGAAAAUUUCCGGAAGAUUCCUCUAGUGCUGUUGAAUUUACUGUGCCCAAAGUAGAGAUACCUAUCGAUUUUGACUAUUAUGAAAGGGAUUCUUUGAAAGAGUUUCUGUCAAGUACUAAACGAAUCUGUCACUUUUCUUUUACAUCAAAGGAAAAAGUGGAACGGCCUCAUUUUGAAUCUUCCUAUCAAAUAAUUCCAGCAUGCACCCCAAAAGAUUCAAGUCCUGUUUUCAUCAACUUACAGAUUGUGGCAGAGAAUGCCCUUAAAGUAUGUGAUCCAAUAAAGUGGCAAAAAGGUAUUGAGGAAACUCUUAAACGACUCAUCGGGUUUGAUGUUGUCAUCACUCUCAUUCUCCAAGGACAUAUCAUAUCUGUUUUCAAACCUUUUAAUCCUUUCUCAAAUUACAACUUAUGUUUCCCACGAAAGGAAAUUCUGGAUUGGUUUGAAGGUUAUAAGGUUAGAAAGCGGAACAUGGAUAUCACAUUGCCUCCAAAUCUGAGUGCAGAUCAUAAUUGGAGGGGGAUAGCCGUAUGUGUUUCUUUUUCAGUUCAUGAGCAUCCAACUGCCAUUCGUGAUUAUAAGAUUUUACAACAUGCUUUUGGACUAAGAUGCCAUUUGAAUACAGAAGAAUAUUGCUUUCAUCCCCCCAUGUUUCACACCAAUAAGUUCAAAUUCAUUUGGUUACAUAUACGGGGAUUCAUUUGGUUAACCUACAUACCAAGUUAUGAGUUUGCAGGCCACUUGAAUGGGCAAAGCAUUUUAGAGAUUAACAUUUUUAAUGAGUGUCCUGGUGUGGCUAUAACGAAUCUAGGUGCACGUUUUUUGUACCAGCAAGAUGUGGAAGAACUUACACAAUCUAUAGCCAAAUGCAGGAGCUCAAUCUUUGACAAUUUGGAUCCCAUUCGUCAAACUAUGGCUCAUCAACACUGUGAAUGCUAUUUUCACUUCGACCAUGAUUGUUCUUUGCACUAUUUGGCUGGUAUUGCCGCAUAUUGUGGCUUUGAAAAUGAAAACCCAUCUCUUGCAGCUAAAACAGAAUCCAUUUACCCAAGAAAAACUGGAGUGGACUUUGAUCGCGGCAUGAUAUAUGACUCAUGUUUCCCACCUACUGAAAUUCUAGACUGGUUCAGACUUCACAGUACUGGCUCUUCAUUGACAAUUCAGCUGCCACCAAGUCUAUAUGGUGAUGGUAAUUGGAUAGGAUUAGCUCUGUGUGCAUAUUUUUCAGACCUCCAACAUCAAGAAAUUCCUCAUAGGCUUACUUGCCAAAUGAAAACUGAGAAGGUUGGUCUAGAAUCUCAGCAUGAGUUCCAAAUAACCAAUGAGGAAUUGAAGAAGCUAAAUAGUGGAGAAUUCAUAUGGAUGUCCUAUAUACCACGUCGCUGGUUUUCAGAUCGGUUGAAGCACUGCAGUCUUAUUGAGGCUUCGUUUGAAAGUGAUAGACAAAAGCUAUCUGCUUAUAAGUGUGGUGCGCGUCUUCUAUACCAGCAUGAUGAAGAAGAGUUUAAGCAGACAAUAAACCACUGCAUGGCCUCAUUUUCUGACAGUAUAUCAGACAGGUUUACUCAACAAGCCUCAACGAGAAAAACUGGAAGGACUUUGAAACAAACAGAAGCAGAAGAUAAAGGUAAACGUACUCAGCAAUAACCUCUCUGCGCCUUCUCCUUAAUUAGCAUCGGACAGCUAAUCAUUACGUGUUCAGAAUUCUCUCAUCUCCAGCUCCACUCUCAUAGUCUCGUUCGUGUAAUUCUCUGUUUGCAUUUGAUUAUACAUUAAUCAAAAGUUGUGUUGCUUAAAUGUUUUUGAGUGUUUAUUAUUAGGAAAUGAGAUAAUUAAGGCUUGUCAAAUUUAUUGGCU